AUGACGAAACAUGGAUCAGAAGUAUCACAUAGAACAUUAGAAGUUUUAAGACCAGAAGAUAAGGACAAACGACCUGAUAUCGUAACACUUAAUAAUUUCUUUAAAGAUUUAUUGAUUAUUAAUAAAGAUUAUAAAAAAUGGAAACCGUAUCGGGAGAAAAAUGAUGGAGAUGACGAUGAUGUCGAGAGUUGUUGUAAUAGCUGUCGUGAAAUUAAUAUCACUGAUUAUGUCACUACUCAAUGGGAUUUAACAAUUCCUGAAAGAGUGCCUUAG